AUGGACGAUCUUAUAGAACAGAGGCCAGCACCUAUUAUAGGGGGAGCAAACAGCCUCAAGAUAAAACUGGCCAUUUCCAGACUAAAUAACUCCUUGGCGCGAGUUCCCAUUCAAGAUCGUUGUAUUAAGGGUGCAAAUCUUAUGCAUAUGAAAGGGGCUGCUAUGGUGACUCAUGAUUCAUCCUUAACUACUCUGCCGGGGAUGCAUAAAUAUGUUAGGUUCGACAAGGGUACCCGCUUCCGUCGGGCUUGUGAGGUUGACCCUGAGAGAGUUCUGCACUGUAGACACCUCGCCUCACAGAAUCAAAUUAACUUUCAUUGUAACUGUAGUUCCCCAAUGGAUGUUCGACAUUUAACAUCAACCAAUAUUCCCCAAGCCCUGGUGCAGGUGACGGUACCUAGAGCCAAACAGGCUGCCAGGUAA